GUGCACACCCAGCGUCCGGUGGCGCGAGCGCGAGGGAAUGGGCCCCAGCCUGCGGCAGCGUGAGUGACAGGCGAUCGAAGACGCGCUCUGUCGCAGGAUGUGUCUUGAGCUCCUCGGCUCCCUCUCUCGCUUCACUUCCCUUGAGCCAGCAGACGAUGCGCCCGGACGGAGGCGCACGGCGCUCGGGCCGCCAUCACAUUCGCGUCGCGCACUUGUUGCGCUCGAGCCCCUCCGGCAUGACGCUCGCCAAGCCGUGCGCUUAGGCCGCCCAUCGCUCGCUCAUCUCAGUCACAGAUGCCUCCGUUCCUGCUUCCGCUGCACGCCGACAGCCACUCUUCCAUCCCAGCCACACCCCCCCUCCUGCAGUGUUUACUGCUCGCCCUCCGCCAUCCCCAGGCCUCAGACUCCUGGCCCACGGCCGUGCGGCGGGCACGUGGAGCUCCAGCGGGAUUUUCAAAGCAUACUGGAGCUAGUACUACGGUGCUAGCCCGGGUGCAAUGCCCCCCUAGUUGUCUGAUGUCGCACUCAACAUUUGCGGAUCUCUCAAACAAAGGCUAGUUUGCGGAGUGCAGGAGCGAGUACGGUGUGCAUUUUUGCCACGCGUAUGACAGCACAAGAGCGCCGCCCUGAGCUCUGCGGUAGUCCCUUGGGCAGCACUGUGCGGGGGAUGCGCUAAUUCCCUGUGGCAAAGUGGCCGGUUCAACACCUC